CAUACUCUGUCCCCGCACAAGUUGAUACAGGUGAUCUCAGAAGAAGAGAAAAAUAUUGAGUUGGUAGAGUCGAUUGCUUGCACCUAGUGUGAAGAUGUCCGUUAUCUCGGAUCAUUCCUUGAUUUAUUCUUAUUAUUAGGAGGAGGGGGAUGGAGGGUCCGAUCAGCGUUUCCCAGGGAGCCAUGCGCUCCCUUCCUGGGAAGCUCGAGUGGCUGCUGUCGGAGCCCAAUGACAGGCUGCGGAAGGGAGUGAAGAACAAGAUCCGGACCCUCAAGGGCGAUCUCGAGGAAUUAAUAGACAAGUACCUAUUGGAGCCGUCGGAGGUGGAGGCCCCUGCGCUGACGGCCAGCAGCUGGAUGAAGCAGGUGCGCGAACUCUCGUAUGACAUCAAUGAUUUCGUCGACGGGCUCGACCGUCCCAAGAUCCAGAAAGAGUCCUCGCCCAAGAUCUCUCGGUUUCGGAAGAAGCGGAAACGCCGACAAGAAAUCACCGACGAGAUCUCAAGAUUCAGGACACGUGUGAAGGAAGCGAUUCAGCUGCACAAGGACCAUCUUGGCAACUUGAAGAUGUGGCCUAGCAGCAGCGGCGCUGCUUUGGAUGAAAGGUUGCUUUCACCAAUACACGGGGAGGCUGCCGCCCUUCCCCUUGUUGGUGUGGGCAGCUCCAUUGAAGAGCUUUCCGGAUGGCUGGCUAAUGAUGGAAAGCCAGAACGGAAGGUGGCGUCCAUUGUUGGAGUUGGCGGGGUUGGUAAGACCACCCUCGCUAAAGAACUGUACUAUAAGCUUGGAGGGCAGUUCCAGUGCCAUGCUUUUGUGCGGACAACUCAAAAAUCCGACCAGAGGGGGCUCCUCAUAAGCAUACUCUCACAAGUUCGACCGCACCAAUCCCUCGGCGCUUGGGGGGUGCAUACUCUCGUGGAACAGAUCAAGGGGUACCUCAAAGAUAAAACGUACUUCAUUAUAAUUGAUGAUAUAUGGACUCCAUCCACAUGGGAUAUUGUUAAUCGUGCUUUGCCCAAGGGUGAUCAUUGUACAAGAAUAUUAACUACGACUGAAGUUGAGGUUGUAGCUCGGAUAUGCUGUGCUGAUAACUCCAAGUAUAUUUUUAAGAAAAAUCCGCUUAGUGAGGACGAGUCAAAAGAAUUGUUUUCAAAUAGGGUUUCUGCCCAUCAAUCAGCAGAACAAUGCCCCAAGGGCAUCAGUGAAAUCCCCGAAGAAUUCAUUAGAGAAACUGGUGGUUUGCCUCUAGCAAUUAUCAUGAUGGCUAGUCUUUUAGCAUGCCAACCAGCCAGCAUACAGCAAUGGAAUUACACAAAGAAUUUGUCAAGUCCUUCUUUGGUAAGAAAUGCUAAUAUGGGCGGGAUCAUAGAACAAGUCUUGAACCUUAGUUACAACAGUCUUCCUCCUUAUUUGAAGACAUGUAUGUUAUAUCUGAGUCUAUAUGAAGAGGACAACAUAAUCUGGAAGGAUGACUUGGUUAAGCAGUGGAUAUCAGAAGAUUUUAUAUGUGCAAUGGAAGGGAAGGACAAGGAGGGCGUUGCUCAUAGCUAUUUUGACGAGCUUAUUCACAGGGGAAUGAUCCAACCUGUAGAUAUCAGCAGCAAUGAUGAAGUGCUGUCAUGUACAGUGCAUUACAUGGUACUUCACCUUAUCACAUACAAGUCCAUAGAAGAGAAUUUUAUAACCACAAUAGAUCAAUUUCAGACCACUCUAAGACUGGCUGAUAAGGUUCGUCGACUGGCGCUCCACUUCGGCCAUGCUGAAGAUGCAACACCACCGACGAGUAUGAGACUGUCACAAGUUCGAUCACUUGCCUUUUCAGGAUUGUUCAAGUGCAUGCCUCCUAUUGUGGAGUUUCGGUUUCUUCGGGUUCUAAUCCUUAAAUUAUGGGUUGCUCCUGAGGAAAUGAGACGUUGCAACCUCACGGGGAUUUCAGAACUGUUUGGACUGAGAUAUUUGCAAAUUGAUGCAUGUCAUGUGAGCGUGGAGCUUCCAGCCCAGAUGCAAUGGCUAAGAGAUUUGGUAGCAUUGGAAAUAGAAGCAAAAGUAUCUGCAAUUCCACCGGAUAUUGUGGAUAUUCCGGGCAUGCUGUACCUCUCUGUUCCUAGUGAUGCCCAUCUGCCCACUGGUAUUGGCCGCAUGACAUCUCUUCGCACUUUGGGGCAUUUUGAUCUCAGCAAUAACUUGGAAGAAAGUGUGAUGGAUCUUGGUGAGCUGACCAAUCUGCAGAAUCUUCGUCUCACCUGCUCGACGGCACAUCCAACUGAUAAUCUGAAGAAGAAUAUGGAAUGCCUCGGCUUGAUUCUCGAGAAACUAAGCAGCCUCAAGUCUGUAACACUGGCACCUGCAAGCUCCUCUCUUGUAAAUACUCUGUAUGUUGUAAGUGCUUCAAGCAUGAUGGUGUCCCUUCCUCCGGCUCUUCUUCAGAGACUUGAGUUGUCGCGGCGCUGUUGUGUCUUAUCCAGUCUACCCGAGUGGAUUGGGAAACUCAGCAAACUCAGCAUUCUAAAAAUUGCAGUUGGGAUUCUGUCGAUCAGCGAUAUUGAUAUCCUAAAAGGACUGCCUGUCCUCAAUGCUCUGUCUUUGCAUGUCCAGACCCCCCCUGCAGGAAGGAUCGCCUUUGACAACAAGGGUUUCCUGGCUCUCAAGUACUUCAAGUUCAUGUGUGCUGCGCCAUGCUUGGCAUUUCUCGAAGGAGCAUUGCCCAGUGUCCAAAAGCUCAAGCUAGGUUUCAAUGCUAACAGAGUGGAUCAACACAGUCUGGUAGCUGCUGGUUUUGAGUAUCUUAAAGACCUUAAAAUGAUCACUGCAAAAAUUGGCUGCUCUGGAGCUGAUGCAUCCGCCACAAGGGCUGCAGAGUCUGUAUUUCUGUCUGCCAUCAAUAAGCAUCCAAGCACUCUUAUAGUUAUUGUACAGUGUGUAGAUUGGGUUUUGGAUGAUGAGGAGGAUAAGAUAAAUUUGAUACAAGGAAAUGAACAUUUUGCGAUUCAUGCUGAAGGCGUCUCUGGUGUGAACUCUAGAAAAACACAACGGAUCUGUGAUGAAGAUGAUAGGGGUAAAGCCACAGAAGAACAAGAGCAUGCGACUCUCGAAAAACAUGAAGAGAUUCAAGAGGUCAUGUCUGAUUUGAACACUGGAAAAACGUUUUAUUAUGGUGAGGUUAGUAGUACUGAACAAGACCACUUGGCUCUUGAAAAACAACAAGAGAUUCAAGAGGAAAGAGUCUCUGCAGGUGUGAACACUGGACAAGAAACAUGGAUUUCACAUGGUGAGGCGAGCAAGGGGGCCUCUAUGGAAGAACAAGUAGACAUAAUCAUGGAAGAACAACACGAGUACAUGAAAAAGAGCCCGGAACAAUCCAAUGAACAUGUGAACAAAGUCAGUUGGAGAGUCACGAGGAUUAAUCACGUUUCCGUUGAUCUCGCAACGGCGGCCAUGUGUCCCCUCUUCCGAAAGCUGGCCGAGCUCUUCGAUGGGAAGUACAAGCUGCAGAAUAGCGUGAAGCGAGAUCUGAAGUGUAUUCAGGCAGAGCUGAGGAGCAUCCACGCUAACCUCGACUGGGUGGCGGAGUCGCCAUUCGCCCAGCUCUGGGUCAAUGACUUCAGAAAGCUGUCUUACAACUUGGAGGAUGCCGUGGACAAUUUCCUGGUACAGGUCGAUUCGUCCGAGCCUUCCAUCAGCUCCAACAGCUUAAGCAGGUGGACGAACAAGAUGAGCAGCUUGCACAGGAAGGUCCAGACCCGCCAUCAGAUUGCUCACCAGAUCAAAGGAAUCAAGUACCAGAUCCAGGAUUUGUCCUCCCGACAUCGCAGGGCUUUUGAUGAAUUUGUUGCUAAUCCAAGUGCGAGAACUGUUGACCCUCGCCUGUCGGCUCUAGACAAUGAUGAGAAAGAGACUGUUGGCAUCCAACUAGCAAGGGACGAGAUAAUAAAGCGAUUGAUAGAUGGGAACGAUGAUUUGUCCAAGCAGUCCAUCAAGACGGUCUCCAUCGUUGGAUUUGCAGGAAUUGGCAAAACAACACUUGCCAAAGCAGUAUAUGAUAGCCUUCAAUCAGACUUUGUUUACAGGGCUUUUGUUUCAGUUCGUCAGAAUCCUGAAGCGAAUCAAAUUUUCAUGGAUAUUUUAUUUCAAUUAGACAUGCAGAAGUAUCUUGAGGCUUUCAAUCUAGAUACAAUGCAACUCAUCGACAAACUCCGACAAGUGCUUAAGAACAAGAGGUACAUCAUUGUUAUUGAUGAUAUAUGGAAUACAGAAUAUUGGCAUAUAAUCAAAUCUGCUUUCAUCGAUUGUAACUGUGGAAGUAGAAUGAUUAUAACUACUCGGAAUUUUAAGGUUGCUGCAGAGAUUGGUGAGGUUUACAACCUAAAACCACUUUCUCGUGAGAGCUCUGAAGAAUUAUUGCAUAAAAGAUUAUUUGGCAGGAAAGGUAACUGCCCUUAUGAUCAGCCAACCGAGUUGUUUGAAAAGGUUCUCCAGAAAUGUUGUGGUGUGCCCUUGGCUAUCAUUACAAUAGCUAAUUUGUUGGCUAGUAAACCAAUGGAUGAUUGGACUAAGGUAUACAAUUGUACUGGUUUUGGGGAUGAAGAUAAUGAAUACGUUGAGAACUUGAGAAGGGUAGUGCUAUAUAGCUAUUAUGAUCUACCUAGUCGUCUAAGGAUUUGCUUAUUGCAUCUAGGCAUAUAUCCAAGAGAUUAUCAGAUCAAGAAAGAAACUUUAAUAUGGAAGUGGAUAGCCGAAGGCAUUGUCCAAGAGACUCAAACUAUUGAUGGAUUAUAUAAGGUUGGAGAGCGCUAUUUCGAUGAGCUUCUAAAUAGCAGCAUGAUACAGCCUGUAGAGAAGCGUAAUGGCAUUGUGUAUACUUGUAGAGUUAAUUUUAUGGUGCUUGAUAUGAUACGCUUACUGACAGAAGAUGAAAUCAUGGUUGUCGUAUUGGAAGGUGGUAACGAACAACACACAUCUGGGCAUAAGGAUGCCCGUAGGUUGGCCAUCCAAAACAGUGUAUGGAAGCGCAACAGCCCUUUGUCUGACAUGUGCACGCCACAAAUGAGGUCGUUCAAUGCCAUCAGGUGUCAUUUUGGAUUGAUGCCACCACUCUCUAAGUUUUGUGCUUUGCGUGUCUUAUGUAUGGAAGAUUGUACCUUUACUGCAGGCAGUAGUUAUCAUCUUCGUCAUCUUGGGAAUUUACAUCAGUUAAGGUACUUAGGACUAUGCAACUCGCCUAUUGAUGAGCUCCCGAAAGAAAUAGGGGACCUGAAGUUUCUGCAGACACUUGACGUGAGAUAUACUCUGAUAAAAGAACUGCGGCCGUCAGUUUGUUUGCUAAGGCAACUUAGGUGUCUGCGUGUUGAUGGUGUUUCCAUAAGAGCGCCAGAAUGGAUAGGGAAACUCACAUCCCUAGAAGAGCUAUCGUUGGAGAAGAUAAUUCCCCAUCCAUUGGAGAACUGAGAAAUCUCACGGGACUGAGGAAGUUUAAGCUUGCGACUUUUGAUCUGGGUUUGGAGGAAGAUUUGGUGCAGUCCCUGAACUGUCUGAGCAAUAUCGAAGACCUCGAAGUUAAGGGUUCACGGAUUGACGCAGAUAAUCCCUACUGGGAAGGCUUUGUGCCACCAGGAGGACUCCGUUACCUACAACUAUGUUUCAGAAUCAGCAGACUUCCACGUUGGUUUUAUAAUUCGAGUCUCCCAAAACUCUUGCACUUAUUAGUGCUGGAUGUAAAGGCUGUGGUGCAGCAAGAUGUGGAAAUCCUUGGUAGUUUGCGAGAGCUCCUUUCUCUCACGCUUUUUACGCCGGACGUCUUCCUUGACGUCAUGGGUGAUGGAUCUUUCCCCAAGUUGAUGUACUGCAAGACGUCUGCAACGCUCAGGUUUCUCAAGGGAGCUAUGCCGAGACUGGUGUCCCUUAAGUUCAGAGUCCAAGCACAGUUGGAAUCGACUGCUCGCAUGUCCCUGCUACGACCGUGGAGGGGUUGGAGGUAGCAUUGAGGCACGCAAUCGACACCCAUCCCAGUUGUCCUAUUCUUAACGUCACCAAAGAGACAAAGACGGACAACAACGAUUAUCCUGAAGAAGACGAGUGAAGGUUCUCAUGCGCACAAAGUUUGAUCUGUAUGUGCACACGAUGAAGAUACCUCCAAGCGAUUUCAGAGGUGCAAGCAGAGAUCUCCCCUGCAACCAAGACAUUCUUUUUGAGCAACUACGCCUUCCAAGACGUUUAAUCGUCAUUAUUUACCAUCCAGAUCUCCUUCUAUUAUUUGUAUCUUUGUUCUCCUAUUUGUGGUUACCUUUCUUCCAUCAGCUCAUAGAAUAUGGUUUCUGCUGCUCUUCGGAGCAAACCGCAUUACCUUCUAAGAGCCCUAGUCAUAUGCUUUGCUUGAGAAAGCCGGUGCUCUAUUGAUUCUACUGUUGGGUUGUAAUCUGUUCUAGCACAUUAAUGGCAUGUACUUCGAUAACAUAUUGUGCAAUAGGUAAGAUUAGACCAUUCAAGAUCCUUCA